AUGUUGCAGGUGCACUCUGACCCAAUCCACACUCAAACCAUCUCUGCGGGCAAGCAUGCUUACUCGCUGUUAACGAGGGUGUCUAUCCGCUGGCCCCCGGAAGACGCAUACGAAAAUACCGAGACGACCGUCAUCAGCGUCAACAACUUUUUUGUGGAUCUACGUGUAGAGAAGCAAACGAGGAAAUUAGACUGGGCGAUUGCGGGUGUGCGUCUGAUGGACCAAAAUGAUUCCAGAAGAGUAACAUUUCUACAUACCAUCAACUCGCGCAAUACGUUCCAACACAUUGAUACCGGCUUAUUCACACAACUAGCCAAUGGCGACGAGAUGGAGAGUGGCACCAUGAUACGACCGGGCGAUCCUCAAGGUGCGUUUCCUCGCCAGUACGAAGAAGUCUGGCGACAAAGGAGGCCCAUUAAUGUCCCUGGGCAGAACAUAGCAUGGAUUCUUGAGGGCGCCGGGUCUCGUGUAUCGCUUACGCAAAAUUCCGAUGGUGUAGGGUCGGAAGAGAGUAAGGAGGUUGAGACUUUUCUUGCUCGGUUGGGCAGUGUAUACAUUGCUAUCCGCCAGCCGACUCGCAUUGUGCAAACACCGCAGGCCAAUGGAAGUUUUUCGUUUCAAAAAUUUGGCGACAUUGAAGGCGUCAGUGUACGCCAUGAAGAGUACGCUGGCAAGCGGGGAUGGGUUGAGAAAUUCGUCACGGGGCCUGAAGGCAGAGACCUGCCGACCAUGCAGAAGAACAAAAGCGACUUCAUCCCGGCCCAAGAGGGCAAGGGAAAUUGGAGGAAACCGACACAAAAUGUGACGAUCCGUGGAGAGGAAUACGUUGUCCGCGGGUUUGCAGAUAUUUCUUGA